AUUUACGUGCUCAGAGAAAUCACUGCACCAUUUGCACUCCGAAGCGAAGCGAGGAAAAACGAAGUUUUCUGGAGUUUCCGAGAGGAGGACAAUGCCGGAUGCAGUGAGUGACGUUCAUAAGAAACUACAAGCUUAUAAAAAGAAAAUUGAAAAGACGCGUGCCAAAAAGGAGAAAGUAGUUUCCAAGAAGGAGAAACUAGUUUCCAAGGAGAAGAAAUUAAUGGCAAAGGAGGAAAAACUAACUGUCAAGCUGAAAAAAUUGUCAAAGCUAAAGGAAUCAAAGGGAAAGGAAGCUCUUCGGGACCCGAUGGCUCGGAAAAGGAAGAAGAGAAAGAGAACUGAACAAAAUCUGAAGGAGAGUGAGGCCAAAGUGAAAGAAUUGGAGUUGGAAUAUAGGAAAUUGGCUUUUCCGGGAGAAAAUGCUGAAGUAGGAGGAAAUGCCCAACUGGGCGAGGAUUGUUCUUAAUACCAUAGGUUGGUUUGUUUUCUAUUGGAGACAGCAAAGGAUAGAUGUGAAAAGUAGGAGGGAGACUUUAGAUUUACUAUAUUUCGUAUGAUGUCGUUAAAAUUUCUAAGAAACAAUUCAAAAUCAUGGAUUUUCUGUUA